AUGUGGAUCAAAGAUCGGCUGUUAAUCUGUACCAUCCCAUUUCUCCUAAUAUUUGGGGCUGGUCUUUAUAAUAAUAGGAGCAUCUCAGAUUUUGAGGUAUUUUCGAAGCGAUACUGGGACUUUACGAGCUCAAAUGAUUUCGAUUCUCCAUAUUCCCAUUUUUUAAUUGGUUUAACCGUAAUAAUCAAUAGAGGCCUAAUGGGUGGAGAUGAAUUAGUUUCUAAUGCAUUUGAAUUAUUAGGUUCAAAAAAUCUUUUAAUUAAACUUAUUAGAUUUUGGGAUUCAUCUCCUCCUGGAACGCCUACUCUCACUAUUUUGUUCUUAAUACUAACUUUCUGCAAGCUUUAUUCAACUUGCACAGAUUCUAAUAUUUAUAAGUGCUAUGAGGGUUGCAAAUUUCAGAAAAAGGAUGCUUUAAUAGAUAAUUUGGAUCAUGACUUGGGAAGGCUCGUAAAGAGUAUUGUUAAAAGCAAACAAGAUAAAUCUCAGAAAAACAAUGGGGAAGAAACUAGCUUGCGAGGAAGUUAUUUUGCCGACGAAAUUUCUGGACUAGAAAACUCUAUUAAUAGUCUUUCCCAUAUUUCCUCUGAAAUAACUGAGUCACUUUACAAUUUCAUAUCUGCAUUUCAUAUUGAUCAAAACGAUUUCCCUGACUCAAAUGAACUCUCCAAUUUUUGGUCAGAAACUGUAACAAACAAACUUCAAAAUAAUUUAAUUAGACAAAGCAACACAUAUCAUGGCUCCAUUAACCAAAUACCAUUUUCAAACCAAUUUGAAAAUAAUUUUCCGGUUCAAAAUUCACCAAACUUUGUUUCACACACAAGUGCUCCAUUUUCUACAGCUGUUAAUAAUGGGCAAUCAACAGAGAGCCAAAACCAAGUUAACAGUUAUCUGGAUGGCCAGACCCACCAAAGGCAUUUUAGUUCAGAAGCUCCUCCAGUACAUUUGUCUGGAGAUGAUUUCGUCGUUCCGAGGCAAAUUGCCAACAACACUGAAAUAAAUAAAUACAAAAUUUCAGAGCUGGAUGCAAAUGACACAUUUUUACAAGAUAAAAAUAUGAAUGGUAGUGACACAGACCAAGUUGAAUAUAAUGGGGGAACCCCAAAUGUAAAUACAACAUAUGAAUUCAAUUCUAACAUAUAUUCGAGCUUAAUAUAA